AUGGGAAAGAAAAACAACUCACAAUCUCACCUCCCUAAAUAUUUACGAGAUCAAGGAGGAGGUGGUAGCCGUGGAAAAAAGAAAUCCUCCACCCCAUCGGAUAGCUCAUCAUUAGCGAACAGCGCAAGUUCAAACCAUGUCAACACGACCAACACUUCUUCAAAACAAAUGCCAAGUCUCUCCUCCGUGCUCUCAAAAAUUCCAGAAUCGUAUCGUCAACGAGGAUUUGAUUUUUUUAUGAAAAUGCAAUCUCCUGAUGUGAAUAAGGAAUGGAAACAGAGAUGUGAAAAGUUGGACAAGAUCAAAGAUGAAUUUUUACAAGUUCCUAUUCAACAAGAUGCUUUAUAUAGCACGAUUGAAUCUAAUUAUGAUUUAAUUGUCAAUUUAGAAGAUUGUCUGCAUCGUUGUGGAAAUGUACUUUUUCACUAUGAAGACAAAAAUUACUUCUUUCUCUAUUCAGGUUUAGAUAUGGCAUGUAAGAUCAUGCUUCAUGCGUUUCACUUAUUACCAGGUGUGGAAACAAAACCCAGUACUGACAAGUGCCAAAUCAUCAUGGACAAGUUAUUUUCAACAUUGAGUUAUAUAUUCUUUAAAUUAUCGAAAUAUGCACGGGCACGACUUGUGUUAAAUUCACACUCCAUAUUUCAAAUUUUAUGGAGUAUUGAACAGAGUUAUUUAACAAAAGUGAGACGAUCUGCGCGAACUCAAUCAACCUUAUUUAAGGUCGACACGUUGUUUAAUCCAGAUGUCGAAAGUUUGUUGUACCACAUUAGUGAAACCAUGACAGUAUUGCAUCAUGAUCAAGCCAUGAAUCAGGAUUAUUUCCUGUUACUGAUAAGCGUAAAUAAGCAAUGGUUUUAUCAUGAUACUAGUGCGCUCGAAGUGAAUCAAGUUGACAGUUUUGGAGGUGAGACUCCAGAUGUGUUUAUUGCUGUUUUGGAUAUUCCUGACCUCACACAAUGGAACCAAUCUAAUUUUGAUAAUUAUAUGAACAGUGCGAAUUUAACAUUACAACCUGAAGAUUUUGAUAUCCGCGCUCAUUUUCCAGUUGUAGCAUCUCGAACUGGAACUCGAUUUUUAAAUUUGGACUAUUUUGUGAAAUGGAAUGCAAACUCUCGUUUCGCUGAAAAAUGCUAUCAGUCAGGGCAAGAAAUAAGCACUCCUGGAUACUACAUCCUACGUCAAGAUAAGAACAUUUCCAAAUUAGCCUUAAUGAAAUUUUUGGAAUUUAUCUACACAGACAAGUUUUCCAAGCUCUCUGAGGAUGUUACUUUUAUGGAAAAACAAGCACGAGCAAGAGAACUUUCUGUGGAAGAAAUCGAGGAAGAAUUGGUUCGAAAUUUAAAUCAAUUGGGAUCCUCUCUGUCCAAUCAAUCUUCAAGGCAAACCUUGAAUAUGAUUACAGAACAUUUUCCUUCUCAGAGAGUGACACGAACGGGUGUCAUGUCUGGCUCGCAAUUUAAUUCAUUGUAUGACUCUAUUGAUUUGGACAUGUAUUGUGUGGAAUUAUACAAUUCAUCUCCAUUUCAUACUCCCCUCAAAUAUGAAGCUACGAGUUUGAAAGCUAAAGAUAAUCGUGUUGAGCAAGACCUCUUUGGACACGCUUUUCAACAAUCAGAAAAAAUGUAUCCAGACCUUCAUGUAAUUCCAAAUGUGGCAUGUGAUUUGAUUGAUUCAAGCAUAACGAACGAAUAUUACAAAAAGAUGGUAGACAGAUGCAUUCAAAAAGGUUACAUGGCAAUGCACAAAUGCAUUAUUGCAGCAAGAAGCGAAUAUUUACGAAAAGUUUUCCAAUAUGAAUGUAAGGGUUCUCUCAUGAACGAUGAAUCUACAAAUAGUGCUCAAGCACAUGACUACAUUGAAGAUUUUCACAUUGAGAAUUUAUCGUUUACUUCACUAUAUAUCAUCAUGCAGUAUACUUAUGGAGGAUUGGGAGUAUUUACAGAACAUACUAUUCCUGUUGAAUGUUUGGUUGAGGUAUUUGUUGCUGCAGAUAUGUACUUGCUGUUUCCACUUAAAAAGCAUGUUGAGGAACUCAUGGUUGAUUAUGUGAACAAUGUCCAGUUGCCUCAAGGACUGAAGAGUCCGUCGGAACAUGAAGACUCAGCCAUCUUGCAAGAGGUCUAUGAGUUGUCCAUCAUUUACAACUCGUAUUCAUUGAAGAAUGAGUGCUUCAAAUUGUUGAGUAAGCACUUUCCUGAUUUAAUGAAAUAG